UGCCGACGCGGUCACACUGCCGCCAUCUUUCUUUUUCGGGAUCCGCACACCAAGUUAAAAGAGCGAGUCAACAUGCAGCUUUUCGUACGUGGAUUAGAGACCAUCCAGGCCCUGGAGGUGUCCCAGGAUGCCACCAUUGCCGGAGUCAAGAACCAACUGGCCCAGCUGCAUGGCUUCAGCUGCGAGGAGUUCAGCCUCAACUGCGAGGGCACCACCCUGGCCAACGAUACGCCCGUGACCGCGCUCAGCUCCUUCGAGCUGGACAUCAACAUUCCCAUGCUUGGUGGUAAGGUGCACGGCUCUCUGGCGCGUGCCGGUAAGGUCAAGGGACAGACCCCCAAGGUGGAGAAGCAAGAGAAGAAGAAGAAGAAGACCGGACGCGCCAAGCGCAGGAUCCAGUACAACCGUCGCUUCGUCAACUUCGUCCAGGGCUUCGGACGCCGUCGCGGCCCCAACGCCAACUCCACAUAGAGUGUGUGACAGUGUCGCGGGAUGUUGAUCGAGUUGCUAUCUACUCUUUAAUGCAGAACGCAGGUUGAUGUUCAUAAAGUAAUUUCAAACAUUAAACAAACUAUUUUACACGGAA